AUGGCUUCAUUUACCAAAGGUGUGACCCCUUCAACCGAAAAGUAUGACGGGUCUUCUUUACGUGUCUUGAUUGUGCAUACCCGUUGGAAUUAUGAGGUCGUAGAGGCAUUAGUUCAUGGAGCAACUGAAACUAUGACUUCAGAUUAUAACGUGAAACCCGAAAAUAUCUCAAUCCAAUCGGUCUCUGGUUCUUACGAACUUCCUUUUGCUGCACAACAACUUAUUGCAGCUUCGAAAAUGCGUUCCCAAUCGUUCGAUGUUGCUAUUUGUAUUGGAGUUUUAAUCAAAGGUUCAACAAUGCAUUUUGAAUAUAUUGCAGAAGCUGCAAGUCAAGGAAUAAUGAGGGCUAGUUUAGAUAGUCGUGUACCUAUUGUUUUUGGUGUUCUUACUUGUUUAAAUGAUGAACAAGCAUUAGAAAGGGCUGGCUUGGGAGACAAAAAGUCUAAACAUAACCACGGAAUUGAUUGGGGUCGGUGUGCGGUUGAAAUGGGUGCUAAGAAUCGCAAUUGGAUGUCCGGUAUUAUUUAA